CAUCCUCCGCGGCCGUUGGCGUCAGCCGAGCGCCGCCAUCUUGGAGGAGACGGUGCUGCCGUAGGGGGAGCCGGCCCGGCCCGUCUCCUUUCCCCUUCUUGGAGCGCCCCCGGCCGGCCUCGGCGUCCGUCAGCGGAAGGGCGGGCGAGCGAGGGAGCCUCUCCCAGCCGGGCUGCCCGGGCCCCUCCGUCUCCUCCGCCGCCGCCGCCAUGACUUCCCUGACCCAGCGCAGCUCGGGCCUGGUGCAGCGCCGCACCGAGGCCUCUCGCAGCGCGGCCGCGGCCGACAAAGAGCGGGUGGCCGGCGGGGGUGGUGGAGGCGGCGGCGGCCCGGAGGAGGAGAGCCGGCGCGAGGAGCCAGGCGACGAUGAGAAGGGCGAUUCCAAGGAGACGCGGCUGACCCUCAUGGAGGAAGUGCUGCUGCUGGGCCUCAAGGACCGAGAGCUAAACGAGACUACAGAGCUUACUGAGUUGGCAUUCAACAUUGAAGAAAGGGAUCAGGAGGAGAAAGAUGAGAUAAAGCCAACAGUAAUGUUAUGUGGUCCUGGAAUGAAGUCUUGUAUUUCCCUCCAGGUUAUAUGCAAAUCAGAUGCUCCUACGGGGGAUGUUCUACUUGAUGAAGCCUUGAAGCACAUUAAAGAGACACAGCCUCCUGAAACAGUGCAGAACUGGAUAGAGCUGCUCAGUGGUGAGACAUGGAAUCCGUUAAAAUUGCACUACCAGCUACGAAACGUACGCGAGCGAUUAGCCAAAAACCUAGUGGAAAAGGGGGUUUUGACUACGGAGAAGCAGAACUUUCUUCUCUUUGACAUGACCACGCACCCUCUCACCAACAACAACAUUAAGCAGCGUCUCAUUAAGAAAGUUCAAGAAGCUGUUCUUGACAGAUGGGUCAAUGACCCCCACCGCAUGGACAAGCGCUUGCUGGCCCUCAUUUAUUUGGCCCACGCCUCGGAUGUCCUUGAGAACGCUUUUGCCCCUUUGCUGGAUGAGCAGUACGACCUAGCUACAAAACGGGUGCGGCAGCUCCUGGAUUUAGACCCUGAAGUGGAAUGUAUGAAGGCCAACACGAACGAGGUCCUGUGGGCGGUAGUAGCUGCCUUCACGAAAUAACUGCAAUCAGACUCCUCCAAGUGUUCCUUCUCCCCUACCUUUCAUUGUAAAUCAGUUUCUCUUCUAUUGACGAUUCAUGUCUUCUGUCAUUUGUAUCUCUCUUCAUACGAUGAAAAUCAGCUUCUGUUUCAUGGGAGUGGUCGGUGGCGUGUUUGGCCAUUUGUCUGCGUGCCUCUCUCUUUCUCUGUCUCUCCCCUGCAGGGUUUUGCUGGUGCAAGAGAGCUUCCUCUUCUUCAAUACAUCUGAUUGCCAUGUUGGCAUUCUGUUUCAUUUCAGAUGUAAGUUACAUUACCUGGAUUUGGGUUGUCCUCGUCUUUCUUCCGUUGCAGCUGGGGCCAGCAAGGCCCUGGUUUCCAGUUGAUCCAGGUGGGCACAUUUUAGCAGCUCUUCUUCAGUGGGGAUCUCAUUGCAGCAGUCUGCUCGGAUGAGGCAGGGGUUGGUUCAACAGCAGCGCCUGGCAGAUCGUGCCUUUUUCUUAGACAUUUGUUUUGAAGUGUUCAAAACUGGUUUUAAAACAGAGUCUUCACAUAUUGGCUCAGUGAAUAGUUCCAUCCCAUGCAGGGUUUUUUUCUCCUGUCGUGUAAAAAAUCUGUGUUGAUUUGUGUUCUUAAAAAAAGAAGUUAAGUUCUAAAUCUUACAGCUAGUAUAGAAAGGGUCCUGUUGUUUCACAAAGGCAAGGUUUUGGGAUGGGAAUACAUUCCAGCGUAGUCUGUAUAUAGUGAGAGUUCUAUGUUAGCACACAAGCGCACACAUUUUGGUAACUAGUAAAUUUCCAAAUUUGUACAACUGGCAGUCCAUUACUUUCUUUCAGCUGUUCCCUCUGGGCAGAAAGAUGGGCCUCUUCAUAAGGAGAGUGUGUGCUUGUGCGUAUGUGUCCUGUGUUUAUAGUGUCUCUGGAGUUUGUACCGGCCGGGUACAAUCUGCCGACUCAUUGCCUUCAUAGCGUUCAUUGUAUGAUGAGACCACUUUAUCAUUGUUUCUAUUAGGGGGGAUUGGGGGCGAGGGGUCAGGGAAGAGGCUUGUGACCAGUACAAUUCUUGAGUGCAAUUUUCAAAAAAUAUUUUUUUUGUUAGAACACAAGUUAACAGUUGUGUCUCUUGUCAUUAAUCUACUUAACACUUCAACAACAACAAAAAAUCAGUUGUCAAUUUUAGCAGAUGUUGCAUGUAAAUUGUUAGCAGGUGAUGACCACAGUUCAACCGAUUAAGAUUUUUCUUUAGUGGGAAACUCAACUAUGUUUUAAUUUUUAUAUACAAUUAUGCUGAUUAGCACAUUAUUGUAAAAUAUAUAUAUAUAUAAACUGGCUUUUUAAAGUUUAUUACCUCUUCUGCCAUUUGCUUGUUCUAGCUCCAGUCACAAUGUAAAUAUUACGCGUCGAAACAAAUUAAAAACUGAUUCCCCUCCUCCCUUUUUUUCUUUCAAAUAACAACACACUAAUAGUGGAGCAGGUAUCUAGAAACGUUCUGGUUAACUUUGAAAGCAUUAAAAAAAAAGUCCUAGAUGGUGUAUGACUGUAGUUGAAAAUUUAAAAGGAUCCCCGAUCUGUAUACUAGCUUUUUAUCUACAGUUAAUAAACUUCCGAUCUUGAAAGUGCCUGAAACAUA